AUUUUUCUGCGUGUUCUAUCUCCAUCAGAUUCCAGUCGGUUCACUCUGGAUCCAAACACAGUGAAUAAACACCUCUGUCUGUCUGAGAGGAACAGAGUGGUUACCUUCACCGCCGGAGUCCAGCAGUAUCCUGACCAUCCAGACAGAUUUCAUUAUUAUCCUCAGGUGUUGUGUAGAGAGAGUGUAUGUGGACGCUGCUACUGGGAGCUCGAGUGGAGUGGGAGUGGAUUUGUGUGUAUAUCAGUGUCUUAUAUAUACAUCAACAGGAAGGGACGGAGAAAUGAGUGUGUGUUUGGAUAUAAUGAUCAGUCCUGGAGUUUGAUCUGCUCUACCUCCAGAUGCUCUUUUAGUCACAAUGACAAUCAUACUGAACUCCCUGUAUGCUUCAGCUGCAGUAGAAUAGGAGUGUAUGUGGAUCACAGGUCAGGAACUCUGUCCUUCUACAGCGUCUCUGACACAAUGAGCCUCAUCCACAGAGUCCAGACCACAUUCACUCAGCCGCUCUAUCCUGGGUUUACGGUUAUUAAUGGGUCAGCAGUAAAACUCUGUGAUCUAUAGAUUAUAGAGAGCUGGCUGUAAAUAUUACUGCAAUGUGAAUUUGAGCUUCAAAUCAGGAACAGUGAAAUGAAACUUAUUUACAAAACCAUGCAAUUACAGAAAAAAAACAGCAGUUAUA